AUGGACACCAGGCGUCGACCAGCGAAACUUGUGCCGCCUUUUCGGGGCGAUGUACUCGCGGUUGACUUUCUUCAUGCGCAGCCUCAAGUGGUCCUCGCCGGCACUCGUUCAGGUCACGUUUGUCAACUCGAUACGCGGACGGCGCCGGAAGCAUGGGAUUCGAUGGUUUUCCGCCACAAGAGCAGCGUGGCACAUCUCAGGGCCGUCGGUGGCUUUGAUGUCCUCGCUGCGGGACCAAAGAACGCGAUGUGCAUCUAUGAUCUUCGCUUUGUGAAAGCGAAGGAGCAGAAGGCGGGCGAGAAGCCGUUUGAGCCCUGGGAGCGAAACACUGCGGCUCCGGCGGUGGAGUUUCCUGGCUAUCGCAACGAGGCACAUAUCAAGAUUGGGCUGGAUGUGCUUACGCAGCCGGGGUAUGGACAUGGUGUUGUUGCGGCUGCUCAUGAUGAUUGCACGGUUGGACUGUACUCGCUACGGGAUGGAUCGAGGAUGCCAUCGGGGGAUGUGGACAAGAGUAAGGCACCGGGGGUGGUGAAGGCCAUCCAGUUCCAGACGGUGGCUUCUGAUCAGCAUCCCAGUUUGUUUGUUGGCGUUGGAUCGGUUAUUCAAAAGUUUUCUUAUUGA